UAAGACAAAUGUUUUUAGAGGCAUUGGGGUGGGCUUGCGUGUCCCCUGGACCUCUGGAAGAGCCCAGCCUUACCUCAAUAAAAAGCAAAAUAAGGCAUAAUUUGUGACACCAUUAUAAGAGUUCUUGCCACCACUGUAGUUUCAGAUGUCUUCCAUGCAGAGACAUCAUCAACAAGUAAUAUGCUGGGAGUAGCUCUCAAUGCACUGCAUUCCUCCCUUUUCCUGAAGCUUCCAACUGCCAGGCUGGUGAUCAGCAUGCCCAUUUUUGUUUGCUGAACAAAGAUUGAGGACAAUUUGGGUGUAAAGUUCUGCAGCUGUUAAUUCUCUUAAUUCAACAUCAGAAAGCAAUCUCUCCUCUGAAACAGAACUUGUAAAGGCAACUUCUUUCUUUCCUCUUCCAUCGAUACUGAAACCUAAACUCCUUACAGUACAAACCAACGUAACUAAACCUGUUUGGGGGUGACUCGAAUGCUUACGAAAGGGACCCCAUUCCAGAGAAUAUUGAGGACCCCUGGACACUCAUGUUUCUCAGCGCUGUCUUUAGAACUGUAGGACAUGUGGCUGACAUUGCAGAAAAACUGGGUCUUGCACACCACAUGGAUGUUCUGAUGGUGAUCACAAAUGUGGAAUCUACAGCACCGGUGUCAGAUGAAAAGACCACCGUGACAGACACAGCAUUUAAUGGUGUUUCGGUUCGUCUGUACAUCCCUAAAGGGCGGCCUGAAUCCCUGAAAAGGGCAGUCAUUUUUGUUCAUGGAGGUGGAUGGUGUGUAGGAGGGUCAGCCAUGAAGUCUUACGACAACCUGUCAAGACUGACUUCUGAAAAACUAAAUGCGGUCGUCGUAUCAGUCGAGUACAGACUGGCACCAAAGUAUCAUUUCCCAGUUCAAUUUGAAGAUGUAUACACCGCAACAAAAUACUUCCUGCAAAGCAAUGUUCUUGACCAGUACAAGGUAGAUCCAAGCAGGGUGUGCAUUGCAGGAGACAGUGCAGGAGGGAACUUAGCUGCAGCAGUGACUCAACAGCUUCUACAUGACCCCGACAUCGAUGUUCAGUUGAAGAUCCAAGCUCUGCUUUACCCUGCUCUUCAGACCCUUGAUUUGGAUUUGCCCUCCUAUAGAGACAAUAAAGACAUGCCAAUUCUACCUAAAUCAUUAAUGCUCAGAUUCUUAAGUGAAUACUUUACAACUGACCUCUCUUUGAUGGAAGCAAUGGAGACCAACCAACAUGUUCCUCCUGAAGCAAGCAAUUUACUGAAGUUUGUAAACUGGAGUAACUGGCUACCUGAAAGGUUUAAAAAGGGGCACAUUUAUACCAUCCCCAAACAUGAGAAUUCCAAGAUUGGACAGAAAUAUCCAGGGCUGCUGGAUCCAAGAGCAGCACCGCUACUGGUUGAUGAUGCUAAGUUGCAUGGGUUGCCCCUCACAUAUGUUCUCACAUGUCAGUAUGAUGUCUUGCGGGAUGAUGGAAUCAUGUAUGUCUCACGACUUAGGGAGGCAGGAGUUCCAGUAAUACAUGAACAUGUUGAGGAUGCUGUUCAUGGGAUUCUACUAUUUACCACCAGCCCAUUCAUCCUAACUGCAGGAGAGAGAGUGGUCAAUAAUUACAUCGAGUGGCUAAAUAACAACCUAUAAAAGUAAGAGUCUCUAUGGAAUGCUAUCGGCAUUGAUUAAUUCGGGCAGUUUCACAAUGUUUUUGUUUUCCCAAAAAGGAAAUUACUUUUUGAUGAAUCAUUUUGAUACUGUAGUUCUAUGGCUAUUGUAAUUGAUAUGAAAUCCUUUCUUUCUUCUUUUUGGACAA